CACUUAAAUCUAGGUAUCUAAACAUUACCUAUUUGAAAAAUUUUUAUUUUAAUUUAAAAAAAUUUGUAAUAGGCACUCAGAAUGCCCAAAAGUUUGGGUGCGCAGUUGUCGCGCCGCAAGGUCAUCGAUGAUGAUGGCCCCGCCUUGGCGCGUGUUCUCAGGCUCCACGAUCUGACGGCGCUCGGAGUGGGCAGCACCUUGGGACUGGGCGUCUAUGUGCUGGCUGGUCAGGUGGCUCGCAAUAUAGCGGGUCCAGCGGUUGGCAUAUGCUUUGCCAUUGCGGCGGUGGCUUCGCUCUUUGCCGGUCUCUGUUACGCCGAGUUCGCGUCCCGCGUGCCACGUGCCGGCAGCGCCUACAUCUACAGUUUUGUGACUAUGGGUGAAUUUGUGGCUUUUACCAUUGGCUGGAAUCUGGUGCUGGAGUAUGUUGUCGGCACGGCGUCCGUGGCACGCGGCCUCACAAGCUAUGUGGAUGCGCUGGCGCAGUACAAGAUUUCGGCAGCUCUGCAAUCGAUAAUCUCAUUCGAUCUCAAGUAUAUGUCGAACUAUCUGGACUUACUGUCCUUUACCAUGAUUCUGCUGCUGACCUGCCUGCUUGCGGUCGGUGCCAAAGAGUCUUCUUGGCUGAACAACAUCUUUACCGUUCUCAACUUGGUAACCAUUAGUCUUGUGAUCGUUGCUGGCGCUACAAGGGCUGACAUCGAAAACUGGGAACGCACGCCUAGCGAAGUGCCGGAAGGACAUGGAACUGGUGGAUUCAUGCCAUACGGCAUUGUUGGUGUGAUGGCGGGCGCAGCGAAGUGCUUUUAUGGCUUCAUUGGAUUCGAUUGCAUUGCCUCCACCGGCGAGGAGGCCGUCAAUCCCAAGCGUGACAUACCCCUUGCGAUUUUGAUUUCGCUGCUAAUCAUCUUUUUAGCCUAUUUCUUUAUGGCCGUGGUCCUGACCAUGAUGAUGCCCUAUUACCAUAUCGAUCCGUUUGCACCACUAACCAACGCCUUUGCUUAUGUCAACAUGAACAUAAUCAAAUGGUGCGUAACUGUCGGCUCCUUGUCGGCACUUUGCACCGCCUUGCUGGGCGCCAUGUUUCCGCUGCCGCGUAUCCUUUAUGCGAUGGCACAGGAUGGGCUCAUGUUUCACUGCUUUUCGCGCAUCCAUCCGUGGACUAAGACGCCACUGAUAGCCACUAUUGUCUCAGGAUUAGUCGCGGCAACAAUUGCGAUGCUUUUAAAUCUGGAUCAAUUAAUUGAACUGGGUACAAUUGGUGUUAUGCUGGCCUAUACGAUUGUCGCCAUGGGCGUUGUAAUGAUGCACUAUAAGGACGAUGGAACCAAUGCAGACUACGUGGUGGAAGUUAGCUUUUUCAAGGUGUUGCAACAGAUAUUCAAUAUAUCACGCGAAAAGGUAUCGAAUGCCUUUACUGAUUGCAUUUCCCGCAUUUUUCUGCUGAUAUACGUAUUGCUCUGUGUGCUGUUUUGCACAUACUUUAAGUUUCUGCAUUGGAGAACAGUAUACGGCAUCAUCCUAUUGGGAACUACACUAUUUCUAAUGAUAUGCUGUAUGUUGGUCAUCUUUAUGCAACCGAAGAGCACAGAGUUUCCAGUUUUCAAGGUGCCUCUGGUGCCAUUCAUACCCUGUCUCAGCAUUCUGGUGAACAUAUUUUUGAUGUUUCAACUGAUGUCAUUCACCUGGGUAGCCUAUGGAGUCUGGAUGCUAGUCGGUUAUAUCGCAUAUUUCGGGCUAAUGGCGGUACAUUUUUUAGUGAUAGGCCUCACCAUGAAAUUGGCUGAAGGGCAAUUCAGCAAUUUAAAAUUCGUGGUGUAAAAUCGCAAAAUUGUCAGAAGUACCAGAUGUAUUUUUUUUGUUCUAGAAACAUUUUUAGUUAUAUUUGCUAUAAGUA